UGUUAAUUAGAAUUAAAUUAUGUGGAGGAAAUUUGUGGGAAGCUAGAAGAGGAAUAGAAAAAGCUGCUAAAGGGGCUGUUCAAUUUAGACCACUUUUCUCCUCUGUUUUGCUAUUCUUCUCUAUUUUCUGCAGAAAAAAAAAAAAAAAAACAGAUUUGAUUUUGUGUGUUUUAGAUUGAUUUCUUUGUAGUUUAAACACAAACUUGCUUCCAAAAACACCCAACAUAAAGUGAUAUCAGAGCCGAGUUCGAAGUGGAAGCUUAGAUUUGAAAAAGAGGGCUGAAAAUAGGUGUGUCAAGAAGAAAAGUGGGUUUUGCAGAAAACUCCUUCGCUAACUCAAGCAACCAAAGUAUGGGUAUUCAGCAACCAUAUAUGCCCAUUUUUGCUGGAGAAAAUUAUGAUUAUUGGUGUGUGAGGAUGAAGACCUUAUUUCAGUCCCAAGGUUUAUGGAACUUGGUACAAAAUGGGUAUGAUGAACCCGAUUCAACAACUACGUUAACAUCAGCACAAGAGCAGCAGCUAGAGGAAACCAGAAAAAAUGAUGCUAAAGCACUCUUCUUCAUCCAACAAGCACUCUCUGAUGAGUUGUUUCCAAGAAUCAUUGAAGUCAAGAAAUCAAAGGAAGCAUGGGACAUUUUACAACAAGAAUUUCAAGGAGACAAAAAGGUGAGAAUCAUUAGCGCCAGUGGUGCCACUUCAAGCUUAUUUAAUUCCACUUGGCAGCCCACCAAGCGUUCAUUUAACUCAACAUUUCCGUCAACGGGGUUCUACUUUGGAGCAUCUUCGGUUUCUGUUGUUGCUACCAACAGUGCCCCUAUGGUGUUUGGAUCAUCCACUCCUAGUGGCUCAUCGGAUUCCAUUUUCUCGUUCGCUUCAGCUGCUUCUACUGCUACUGCCUCUUCCCAAGCACAGCCCGUGUUUGGUAGUGCUGUUCCUGUCUUCACGGCUGCCUCUGGUAAUGGUGAUCAGAUGAGCAUGGAGGAUAGCAUGGCUGAGGACCCAGUACGGGCAUCCAUCAUGCCUGCAUUUCCGGUAUUUGGUCAACCGCCCAUCUCAGCUCCGUCAUCUGGCUUUAUGUUUGGUUCAACUGCUCCAUCGCCAGGGCUCGCCUUUCAAUUUGGUAGCCUACAACUAAAUCAGAGGGCUUCGCAAAAUCCAUCUCCAUUUCAGUCAUCAGGUAGUCUAGAAUUUGGUGCUGGAGGCAGCUUUCCAUUGGGUUCUGGUGCGGCCACUGACAAGCGUCGUCUUAAAAUUGUCAAAGUAAAACGCAAGAACCGGAAGAGGUAAGACAUUUUAAUGUUGCAGGUAAUUGGUUUCUUGGCCAUCACCCCUGGUUAUGUGGGUUAAUGAGAAGAUUAUUGUUAUUCUCAGUGUCUCGGAGUUCCCAGUGUUCGCAAAUGUCAGAUCAGACCCUUCAGACCUUGAAAUUCUAUUGAUUCUGUUGGGUCCUUUACAUUUUGUUUUUUAUGGGCAAAUUUUCUUUGUUGCUCUGUAGGCUUUAAAUGUCGCAAUUUUGGUUGUCUCUCUAGUGUACCCAAGAACAAUUGUACUGCAUCCUUAGGAGUAAUAUUUCAUAGGGUUUCUGGUCUGGAAAUUUGUGUUAUCGGCCCUUUCUGUAACAUGAAAUGGAAAAUAGCCGAGGAUGUAUUUAUUGUUGUUGCACAUCUUUUGAAGUCAGAAAAUGCGGGCCUUCUUUUCCGGUUUGGUAUACAAUACAAGUUUGGAUUGGAUGUUUUUAAUCCCAAUAGUCAGCAGAACCCUAUCAAAUUUAACAAAAUGUAUCAUGUUUUUUGUUUGUCUUCUUUCUUGAUGCAGCUUAAAUCAGCAGUAAGUUCAUGGACUAUUGUUGAAAUCAAUCAUAACUUGCUGUUGCAAAGGAUUUAAUGGCCUUUUA